AUGGCUGACGAAAGCCAAAGAGGAAGCAUAAAUGGUCAGGCUAGCAACACGGACGAUGCAAUUACAAGUUCAAAUAAUGAUAAUGCUGGGCAACUUCCCUGGUUUUCUCCCAUAGCUCCAGGAAAUGUAAGGGACAGAACAUUGGAAAACGAUGUGAAUGAGCCUGCUGAAACUACUUCUCUGCUAGGUGCUCGUGAGCCUUCUGUUAAUUAUAGUCAUUUUCCUUCCGCAAGAACUUCGUCCGAGGAUGAUAUCGCCGUUGGUUUAUUUUCGCGUCCUAAGCCUAAACGACCUACUUUUGGUGCGCGACGACAUACUUGGAAUCCUUCGCAAUUAAAAGCACUCACUGAGCCAAUUCGACGAUUUAAGAGAAGAAGUGGCGCUUAUGAUGAAGACAAACAAGCCUUGGUUAGUGAAGGAAGUGGUAUUCGUGUUUGGUACGACGAUUAUACGACAAUCGAUUGGAUCCACGAUUACGUCAAAGAACGAAUUCGUGUACGCAAGCUAAACUCAAUUAAAGGAAUUCGUGGAUGGAUAAUUCAAACAUAUGACGGUGCACAAGGCUGGAUUCUCGUUUUUCUAAUAGGUAUCGUAACAGCCUGUUUCGCCGCUAGUGUCGACAUCGCGGCAGAAUGGGGAUAUGAUUUGAAAGAAGGAUAUUGUACAACUUCCUUUAGAUUAAACAGGAAUUUCUGUUGUGCCCAUAAAAAUAUAAAUGGUGAAGAAUGUGAAGAAUGGAAGUCAUGGUCUCAAGCUUUUCAAAUAGAUAAUAAUGCUGACAUGUUCAAUUUUUUUUUUUAUGUUUUUGUAGCGAGUUCCACUCAACAAGUUGUAAAACCGAAACGGAAACAAUUGAAGCCUUACGCCGCUGGUAGUGGUAUUCCCGAAGUCAAAACUAUCUUAAGCGGUUUUGUAAUUCGUGGAUUUCUCGGUAUCAGAACUCUUUGGGUCAAAGCAUUAUCACUGGCUAUGGUAGUUUCGGCUGGCAUGACACUCGGAAAAGAAGGUCCAUUUGUUCAUAUUGCCUGUUGUAUUGGUAAUAUUUUAAGUCGUCUUUUUCAUAAAUACAACAAAAAUGAGGGUAAGCGUAGGGGAAUUAUAUCAGCUGCAGCAGCUGCGGGUGUAAGUGUAGCCUUUGCCGCACCAAUUGGAGGUGUUCUAUUCUCUUUGGAAGAAGUUAGUUAUUAUUUCCCAAGUAAAACUCUAAGCAGAAGUUUUUUCUGUGCCAUUGUUGCCGCGGUUUCAUUAAAGUUGAUAAAUCCAUUCGGCACAGGAAAAAUCGUUAUGUUCCAAGUUUCUUAUGAUAAGGAUUGGCAUACUUUUGAAAUAGUCAGUUUCUUGAUUCUUGGAAUCUUAGGGGGAUUAUUCGGUGCAUUAUUAUGUAAAUUAAUUAUCUUAUAUACAAAAUAUGUUCGAAAUCGAUCAUGGUUGAAAAAAUGGCCGGUAGUUGAAGUAAUGAUGGUUGUUAUAAUCACCGCGUCUGUAAAUUAUUGGAAUAGAUAUACCAAGAUGUCAAGCACGGAUUUAGUGUAUGAUUUGUUUAGCGAAUGUAAAGGUGAAAAUGAUCACAAAGGAUUAUGCGUAAACUCACCCGAGGAGAUGUUUGAUGUAUUCUGUUUACUUGGACUCGCACUAAUUUCAAAAUUUCUUACAUGUGUAAUUACGUUUGGAGUAAGAACACCUGCUGGAAUUUUUAUUCCUUCCUUACUUAUUGGAGCAUGUUUUGGAAGAAUGCUUGGAAUCGCCAUACAAUACCUAACUAUGACACAUCCGGAUUUUCCCAUAUUUGCAGCAGUAUGUAAUCAAAAUAAAGAUAACGAUUGUGUGAUACCAGGUGUAUAUGCAAUGGUUGGAGCAGCAGCUUCAUUAGCUGGAGUUACAAGAAUGACAGUUUCUUUAACUGUUAUUAUGUUUGAAUUAACCGGUGCUUUAACUUAUGUUUUGCCAAUUAUGACAGCUAUAAUAAUAUCAAAAUGGGUAGCAGAUGGAAUAGUAAAGCAUGGUAUUUAUGAACUAUUGAUAGAUUUAGUUGGUCAUCCGUUUUUAAAUUCCAAUGAAGAAUAUGUUGAAGCUACCACUACAUUAGAGUUAUGUCAGAGAGAUUUAGAAGUUAUUGAUGUUAAAGAUCCGAAUACUAUUGGUGAACUUAAGGUUAAGCUGAAAGUAUUAGGCAAGUCUAUGUCAGGAUAUUCGGAUGCAGGAUUUCCUAUUGUAGAUGAUUCCAUAUUGGUUGGAUAUAUAGCGUCAACUGAACUAGAACAUGCAAUAAACUCGUUGCAUAGUUCAGAUGAUACAAUACGAUGUUGUUUUAAAGAACCUCCUUUUGAUUCAGAAUCUGUUAAUUUUACAGUUUACACUGAUCAGGCUCCAUUAACAGUUUCGCAAAAUGCUUCAUUAGAAGUUGUAUUGGAGAUGUUUAAGAAGUUGGGAUUAAGAUAUAUUAUUGUAGUAAAUUGUGGACAAUACGUUGGUGUUAUACAUAAAAAGAGAUUGUUGGGGUAUUUAAGGCAGUUGGAAGGUAAAAAAGAUGAUGAUUUUAUUCGAGAAUAG